AUGCCGUUUGGUUUAAAGAAUGUUGGAGCUACUUAUCAAAGGACUAUGACUACCUUGUUUCAUGACAUGAUCCACAAAGAGAUGGAGGUCUACGUGAAUGACAUUAUAAUCAAAUCCAAGAAAGCCGAAGACCAUUUGGUUGACUUGAGGAAGUUGUUCGAAAGGUUGCGAAAAUACAAAUUGAAGUUAAAUCCUGCAAAGUGCGCCUUUGGAGCACCAGCUGGUAAAUUGUUAGGCUUCAUUGUCAGCAAGAAGGGCAUAGAAAUAGACCUGGUAAAGAUCAAGGCAAUUCGAGACAUGCCAGUGCCGAAAACGCAGAAAGAUGUGAAAAGCUUUUUGGGGAAGAUUAAUUUCAUUGGAAAAUUCAUUGCCCAAUUAACGGCGACGUCCUCCGGUCCUAGUGCCACCCAAACCGGGCGGCCUUUGAUCAUGUACUUAUCUGUGCUCGACGGAGCAGUAGGGUGUGUUCUGGGGCAGCACACCGACUCGGGAAGGAAAGAGCAAGUCAUUUACUAUCUUAGCAAGAAAUUCACGCAGUAUGAGGCUAAUUAUUCAUUUAUUGAGAAAAGCUGCUGUGCUCUGGCCUGGGCGGCUCAAAAAUUAAGACACUACCUGCUAAGUCAUACUACCUAUCUCAUCUCCCGUUCCGAUCCUUUGAAAUACCUCUUGGAGAAGCCAAUGCCAACUGGGCGUCUGGCCAAAUGGCAGAUGAUUCUUUCAGAGUUUGAUAUUGUUUUCACUUCGCAAAAGGCCGUCAAGGGGCAAGCUAUAGCCGAUCAUUUGGCAAAAAAUCCAAAGGACGAUGAUUAUCAACCACUCCAUACCUAUUUCCCUGAUGAAAAGGUCUUAUUUGUUGGUGCCGUGAAAGACAUGAGCGAGCAGUGCCCUGGGUGGAGAUUAUUUUUCGAUGGUGCAGCCAAUUCUUUUGGAGUCGGAAUAGGAGCAGUUCUUGUAUCUCCGGAAGGGAAGCAUUACCCUGGAGCCGCUAAAUUGCAAUUUGCUUGCACGAACAACAUGGCCGAAUAUGAAGCAUGUAUUUUUGGUCUUAAAAUGGCUUUGAAAAUGGAGGUUAAGGAGUUAAUAGCCUUCAGUGAUUCGGAUUUACUUGUGCACCAAACGUUGAAGCAAUGGGUAACCAAAGAUUCAAAGAUUCUGCCAUACCACUGUAAUUUGCUUAAUUUGGCUAGACAAUUUCAAAGCCUGGAGUUCAGACAUCUCUCACGAGCCCGAAAUGCAUUUGCAGAUGCCUUGGCCACCCUAUCUUCUAUGAUACAAUAUCCGGACGAAUUAGAAAUCGAGCCUAUCCAGAUUCAACUCCAAGACAAGCCUGCUCAUUGUUGGGCUGUAGACAAUUCUUUUGGCAAAAACCCUUGGUACAAUGAUAUUACGGAUUUCAUCAAAAUCGGGUCUUACCCUCCAGAAGCUAGUGCGAAUGAAAAGGGUUUCCUGCGCAGAAUGGCCUCGAAGUUUUUCUUAAAUGGAGAGGUAUUAUACAAAAGGACCUCAGAUUUGAACCUCUCAAGGUGCGUCGAUGAAGAUGAAUCUCAAUACAUGAUGAAGGAGGUGCAUAGUGGUGUCUGCGGGCCUCACAUGAAUGGACAUUUGUUGGCGAGGAAAAUCAUGAGAACCGGGUACUUUUGGCUUACAAUGGAACGCGAUUGCAUAGAUUUUGUCCGGAGAUGUAUUAAAUGUCAAAUGCAUGGCGACGUCAUACGCGCUCCUCCUACCGAGUUGCAUAGCAUGAUUGCUCCGUGGCCCUGCUCAAUGUGGGCUAUGGAUGUGAUUGGCACAAUCGAUCCUCCUGCUUCAAAUGGACAUCGAUUUAUAUUGGUAGCAAUUGAGUACUUCACCAAAUGGGUCGAAGCAGAAUCAUUCAAGCACGUGACAAAGAAGGUGGUAGCGAAUUUCUUAAGAGAUCACAUCAUAUGCCGAUUUGGGGUGUCGGAAACACUAAUUACAGACAAUGCCAAGAAUCUCAACAAUGACAUGGUGGACGGGCUAUGCGAACAGCUCAAAAUCAGACAUCGCAACUCUGCCAUCUAUAGGCCGCAGAUGAAUGGAGCCGUGGAGGCCGCAAACAAGAAUUUGAAAAAGAUCAUUCGCAAGAUGACUGAGAAGCAUUGGGACUGGCAUGAAAAUCUCCCUUAUGCACUAAUGGCGUAUCGGACUUCUAUCCGAACAUCAACUGGGGCAACACCCUACUCGCUCAUGUAUGGAAUGGAAGCAGUGCUACCUGCCGAGGUCGAAAUCCCGUCAUUGCGUAUUCUAAUGGAGACCAAGUUGGAGGAGGCUGAUUGGAUAAAGCAGCGUCAUGAACAACUAUCUUUGAUUGAUGAAAAACGGCUUAAUGCCAUUUGUCACGGCCAAUGUUACCAAAGACGUAUGGCCCGGGCCUAUAACAAGAAGGUCCAUUUGCGUACAUUUGAGGAAGGCGACAAAGUGCUGAAGCGGAUUUUGCCAAUGCAAGAUGAGGCCAAAGGAGUUUUGGCUGUCUCCUCCCAUUGGACCUCCGGCAAUGGUGUUGAUGAUCCCAGUGAUGUUCGGCCCGUAUCCCAGUCUAUGACCAGAGAACCCGUCUUGGGGAGGCCCCCUCGUCUCCCUAGGAUUCUCCAGGGGUCAACAGCUACUUCUCGACCCCCUUUGGUCACCUCGCCGUUGAUCAUUUCGGCUUUCACGACGAGGGUCGCUCCGUUGACAUCCUCCAUCUUGGCGAAUGAACUGCUUCAAGUGCCCCUGCUUGAUGAGGUAAGCCGAGAUCCUGGUCAUCGGUCUGGAGGAUACAAAUCGAUGGAGAAAUCUCUCCACUAG